UACAGGGAGAAGACAUGUACCCAGUCUUCAGGCUUCCAGCUCUUGGCUGUUCUGAAUGUAUCAUUGUGGGCAUCGAUGGGCAUUUUCUGGUGGGCACAUGUACUGGACAGUUGUUUAGACAGAGUUGCAGAUCUAAUCUCUUCUGAACACCUCUCCGUGUCUCCACCCCUGGGACUCUGAACCCAGCAACUGGAUCACUUCAUUCUUGGAAUUUUGGGUGUUCUCUUUCUUACCUUUCCCCUUCCCCCUCCUGAGAACUCCUGAAGACUGUAGGAUUGUCAUGGAGUCCAGGGAAAUCUUAAGCAGCUCCCGGCAAAGGGGGAGUGAGUCGGAAUUCCUGCCCGUCUCCUCAGCCAAGCCCCCAGCAGCUGCUCCUGGCUGUGCAGGGGAACCUUUGCUCUCCACUCCAGGACCCGGGAAGGGCAUCCCGGUGGGCGGAGAACGUAUGGAGCCAGAGGAGGAGGAUGAACUGGGCUCAGGGCGGGAUGUGGAUUCCAACUCCAAUGCAGACAGUGAGAAAUGGGUAGCAGGAGAUGGCCUGGAAGAGCAGGAGUUUUCUAUCAAGGAGGCGAACUUCACAGAGGGGAGUCUGAAGCUGAAGAUUCAGACCACAAAACGGGCUAAGAAACCCCCAAAGAAUCUGGAGAACUAUAUAUGCCCCCCUGAGAUCAAGAUUACCAUCAAGCAGUCUGGGGACCAGAAAGUGUCCCGUGCUGGGAAAAAUAGCAAAGCUACAAAGGAAGAAGAAAGAAGCCACUCCAAAAAGAAGCUCCUUUCAGCCAGUGACCUUGCAGCCAGCGACCUCAAAGGAUUUCAGCCACAGGCUUAUGAGAGGCCCCAGAAACACUCAACUCUCCAUUAUGACCCAGGCCUCCCACAGGACUUCACCGGUGACACCUUAAAACCAAAGCACCAGCAAAGAAGCAGCAGCCAGAACCACAUGGACUGGUCCACCAGCUCUGACAAUGGACCCACCACACAGAGCUGCUUCAUCAGCCCAGAGUCUGGCAGAGAAACUGCAAGCACCAGCAAGAUCCCAGCUCUUGAGCCCGUGGCUUCUUUUGCAAAGGCCCAGGGCAAGAAAGGAAGUGCAGGGAGCACGUGGAGUCAAUUGUCUAACAACAGCAAAGAUCUGCUCCUGGGAGGUGUGGUUCCAUCCCCAAGCAACCAUAACUCACCAGCCCCACCCAGCAGCUCUGCUGAAUGCAAUGGUCUUCAGCCCUUGGUAGAUCAGGAUGGAGGAGGUACAAAGGAGCCCCCAGAACCACCUACUAUAGGCAGCAAGAAAAAGUCCAGUAAAAAAGAUGUGAUAAGUCAAACCAUACCAAACCCAGACCUAGACUGGGUCAAGAAUGCCCAGAAAGCAUUUGACAACACAGAAGGGAAAAGAGAAGGCUACUCGGCAGAUAAUGCCCAAGAUGCAUCACCAGCCAGGCAAAGCAUGAGUUCUGUCAGUAAUCCUGAAAAUGACUCAAGUCAUGUUCGGAUUACUAUCCCCAUCAAGGCACCCUCUCUAGAUCCAACCAGCCAUAAGAGGAAAAAGAGACAGUCUAUUAAAGCAGUGGUUGAAAAGAUCAUCCCAGAGAAAGCAUUGGCUUCUGGAAUUGCUAUGAGCAGUGAAGUAGUUAACAGGAUACUUUCCAGCUCUGAGGGAAAUAAGAAAGAUCCUCGUGUCCCUAAGUUGAGUAAACUAAUAGAGAAUGAAUCUCCUGCAGUUGGCCUUGAAACAGGUGGAAAUACUGAGAAAGUUGUCCCAGGAGGAGUGUCAAAGCAGCGGAAGCCACCCGUGGUCCUGACACCAUCAACAUGCACAGAUCACUCUCCAUCAAGAAAGUUGCCAGAGAUCCAACAUCCAAAAUUUGCUGCAAAACGGAGGUGGACAUGCAGCAAACCAAAACCCACUAGUAUCCUUCGAGAGGCAGUCAUGGCCACCUCUGAUAAACUAAUGGUGGAACCUCCGUCUGCUUAUCCCAUCACCCCAUCCAGCCCUCUGUAUACCAACACAGACAGUCUAACUGUGAUCACUCCAGUCAAAAAGAAACGGGGACGACCAAAGAAGCAGCCUUUGCUCACAGUUGAGACAAUUCAUGAAGGUACUUCCACCAGCCCAGUCAGUCCCAUCAGCAGGGAGUUUCCUGGCACCAAGAAAAGAAAGAGACGACGCAAUUUAGCUAAGUUGGCCCAGUUAGUGCCAGGAGAGGACAAACCUAUGAGUGAGAUGAAAUUUCACAAAAAAGUUGGAAAGCUUGGUGUGUUGGAUAAGAAGACCAUCAAAACUAUCAAUAAGAUGAAGACACUCAAGAGGAAAAAUAUCUUGAACCAGAUCUUGUCCUGCUCCAGCAACAUUGCUCUGAAAGCUAAAGCUCCCCCAGAGACCAGCCCUGGGGCAACAGCAAUUGAAAGCAAACUGGGCAAGCAGAUUAAUGUCAGCAAGAGAGGAACCAUCUACAUUGGCAAGAAGAGGGGCAGGAAGCCAAGAGCAGAGCUGCCACCCCCAUCCGAAGAACCCAAAACAGCCAUCAAGCACCCAAGGCCUGUUUCUAGCCAGCCGGAUGUUCCAGCCGUGCCUUCCAACUUUCAGUCACUUGUGGCAUCUUCACCAGCAACUAUGCACCCACUUUCAACACAGUUAGGUGGGUCAAAUGGCAACCUGAGCCCCGCCAGCACUGAAACCAAUUUUUCAGAGUUGAAAACUAUGCCAAAUCUCCAGCCCAUCAGUGCUCUUCCAACCAAAACUCAAAAGGGAAUACACAGUGGAACCUGGAAGCUGUCCCCACCCAGGCUGAUGGCCAACUCCCCUUCACAUCUUUGUGAGAUUGGCUCACUAAAGGAAAUAACGCUGUCCCCUGUGAGCGAAUCCCACAGUGAGGAGACAAUCCCAAGCGACAGUGGCAUUGGGACAGAUAACAACAGCACAUCUGACCAAGCGGAAAAGAGUUCAGAGUCCCGACGGAGGUACUCUUUUGAUUUCUGCUCGCUGGACAACCCGGAGGCCAUUCCGUCCGACACCAGCACAAAGAACCGGCAUGGCCACCGGCAGAAGCAUCUCAUUGUGGACAACUUCCUGGCCCACGAGAGCCUCAAGAAGCCAAAGCACAAGAGGAAACGGAAAAGCCUGCAAAACCGUGAUGAUCUCCAGUUUCUGGCAGACCUGGAAGAGCUCAUCACCAAGUUCCAGGUGUUCAGGAUCUCCCACCGGAGUUACACCUUUUACCAUGAGAAUCCAUAUCCCAGCAUUUUUCGGAUUAAUUUUGAUCACUAUUACCCGGUGCCAUAUAUCCAGUAUGACCCGUUGCUCUAUCUUCGUAGGACUUCAGAUCUGAAGUCAAAGAAGAAGCGUGGUAGGCCUGCAAAAACCAAUGACACCAUGACAAAGGUGCCUUUUUUACAAGGGUUCAGCUACCCUAUUCCCAGUGGAAGUUACUAUGCACCCUAUGGAAUGCCUUACACAUCAAUGCCUAUGAUGAACCUUGGUUAUUAUGGUCAGUACCCAGCUCCUUUGUACCUGUCGCACACGCUUGGAGCAGCUUCCCCAUUCAUGAGGCCAACAGUGCCACCACCUCAGUUCCAUACGAGUUCCCAUGUAAAGAUGUCUGGUGCAGCUAAGCAUAAAGCAAAGCAUGGAGUUCACCUGCAGGGACCUGUCAGCAUGGGCCUCAGUGACAUACAGCCAUCCCUGAACCCUCCCAAGGUGGGCAGUGCCAGUCUGUCCAGCAGUCGGCUCCACAAGAGGAAACACAAACACAAGCAUAAGCACAAGGAAGAUCGGAUCUUAGGGACCCAUGACAACCUGAGUGGUCUCUUUGCAGGCAAAGCCACAGGCUUCUCCAGCCACAUUCUGAAUGAGCGGCUGAGUAGCGCAGACAAAGAUCUCCCAUUGGUGAGUGAAAAGAACAGGCAUAAGGAGAAACAGAAACACCAGCACAGUGAAGCCAGCCACAAAGCUUCUAAGAACAGCUUUGAGGUGGACACCCUGUCUACACUGUCACUUUCUGACACUCAGCAUUGGACGCAGGCCAAGGACAAAGGUGACUUGAGCAGUGAGCCUGUGGACUCAUGCACUAAAAGAUACUCUGGCAGUGGUGGGGAUAGUGGCAGUACGAGAUCAGAGAGCCUGGACGUGUUCAGUGAAAUGAACCCUUCGAGUGACAAGUGGGACAGUGAUGUGACUGGGAGUAAAAGGAGGAGCUAUGAAGGCUUUGGGACAUACAGGGAAAAGGACAUCCAAGCCUUCAAGAUGAACCGCAAGGAGAGAAGUUCUUAUGACUCCUCCAUGUCUCCAGGGAUGCCAAGUCCCCACUUAAAAGUGGACCAGACAGCAGUGCACAGUAAAAGUGAGGGCUCAGCGUCCGCCAUGAUGACCAGGAAGAAGCCAGCUGCGGUUGACAGUGUUGCAAUCCCACCGUCCCCAGUGUUGUCUCUCCUUGCUGCAUCCGCAGCAACCUCAGAUGCAGCCAGCAACUCCCUGAAGAAGCGAUUCAAGCGGAGGGAGAUCGAAGCCAUCCAGUGCGAGGUGCGGAAGAUGUGCAACUAUACCAAGAUUCUGUCCACCAAGAAGAACCUGGACCACGUGAACAAGAUCCUGAAGGCCAAGCGGCUGCAGAGACAAUCAAAGACAGGCAACAACUUUGUUAAAAAGAGGCGAGGGCGUCCCCGGAAGCAGCCUACCCAGUUUGAUGAGGACUCCAGAGACCAAAUGCCCGUGCUGGAAAAGUGCAUUGACCUGCCCAGCAAAAGGGGGCAGAAGCCCAGCCUGAGCCCGCUUGUGCUGGAGCCGGCGGUCAGCCAAGACACCAUCAUGGCCACCAUCGAGGCGGUCAUUCACAUGGCGCGGGAGGCACCUCCUCUGCCCCCACCUCCCCCUCCUCCCCUCCCACCCCCCUCCUGCUCAGUCCCCUCAGCAACCGCCCCCGCAGCAGUCCCUUCCCCAGGAGGAGGAGGUGAAAGCCAAGAGGCAGAGGAAAUCUCGAGGCAGUGAGAGCGAAGUCCUUCCCUAGGUGGGCGUCUGAACCUGGGGCUGGGCAACUGACACAUUGGAAGUGCAGUGAGCCGGGGUGGGGGAAAUCCCCACUGCAGGGACAUCUAUGCCCUUCUCUCCAGGAGCUGAGCAGGCAGAAUCAGGCCAGAUGACAAGGUUGAGCCAUCAGGAGCUCUUGGGAAAACAAAACAGGGGGACGACCUUCAAGAGCAGUGUGUCUGCUUCACAGCAGUUCGCAGCCCAGCGGCACUUGGGUCUCUCUAGAUCCUUACAGGUGAGCAGAAGACCAUCAAGAAGGAGGAGGCUGAUGGUACUCUCUGACCGCCACCGGCCUCCCACAUCUGAGGUGCGCCCUUGUUUCCAAUUUCAUUUGCUGGCCAGGGAAAUCCGAAGGGAAACACCUUCAAUUAGGAAACAUUCCAAGGGGAGAAAAGCUGCAAAUUUCUCAACUGGCUUUGUUGUAACUCGCUUCCAUUUCAUUGGUUUUUAUUCCUUUUGGUUUUCAAGAUCUACUAGGCUUUGGUGCACCAACAUUAUCUUCAGGUGGCCAGAAUCUUUCCAUUAAUGAUACAGUUUCUCAGAUGGAAUCAUGUGAUCAGAAAGUGGAAUCCUAGUGACAGGCAACUUCAAACUUGCAUCCAUAUUCUUCUGUUUGCCUCCUCUAUUGCACUACACUGAUGUUUAGCAUCAUCUGUUCCUACCUUUCUUUUGCGCACUGUACUCCCAUAUACCUUGUCAUUAACUUACUUGCUGCCUUCUUUGUCUUGGUAAACAUCUAAAUCAUGUAAAAAAUCUGCCCUGUAUUGUAAAGUUCACUUGGCAUGCUGUCUCGAGGAACCAGGCUUUGAACACAAUCAUUGUGGAACACACACUCAGUAUUGAUAGAGCCUUUUUAAUAAGUGACUCAGCAGCCAAGGUUAUGUUGACCCAGGUGUCAACUAGGUUAUUUUUGUACUCAAAACAUAUCACCAGAGAAUAGGCAGAAUAAAAUGGUUUUAGAGCCCCCAGCAAAUGGAAUAACUGAGAAAUUGCCAAAAACUGAAACCACAGACCCAUCAGAAAGACAAGUGUGUAGCAAUGCCUUGGUAUGUAAUCUUUUUCAUUCAAAUAACUAUCAUAGGUUGUUGAAAAAGGGAAACAAACAAACAAAAACAAUAGAAGAUGUCCAUCCUCUUGAUAAUUAUUUCUUAUGAGCAAAUGGGAAUAAGUGUUCUUAUCUGAAAAAAAAAAAAAAGAAAAAAGAAAAUGUUCAAAGGGUAUCACCACUUCAAUUGUAUCAAGCCACCUUGGACAAAGAAUCCAAAUUGUGGUUGCCUUAAUAAACUAAAACCUUUUUGUACAUAAUGUAAUUAUAAAUCUAUCAGUCUGCAUGGAUGCAAACUGUGUGUGACAAAUCGUCGUCUAAAUGGUCAAUUUCAACUGUACAUUUCUCAUCCAAGUUGUACUCUACCCACUGGUUUAGCGUGGACAGAUACUCCAUCUCUAUUAUCCAUUUCCACAGCCCAAGUAAAACAGGUUAAGAAGACUCAGACUGAAUAUGAAGUUAUUCCAUUGCCGUAGAUGUUUUUUGAAAGUCAGAUGUGGAAAUUUCAAAUAAGUAUUUCAAUUUCCUCUUUUACUCCUCCCUUUUACCUUCCCCAAGACAUCAAACACCUGGCAUGGUAGAUUAUAGAAAGAGAGACACUGAGAGAGAGAAUUACAUUUUCUGAUGGGAAUUAGACUAUCUAGUUUACUUCCAAAUUAAGUUUCUUUACAGGAAGUUGGGACCAGCUGGAAAUUGUAUUAUCACUGCAAAACACAAUAUUAUUUCCUUAGAGAUAGAUAGAUUUUUGUUGGAAACAUAAGAGAAUAUGUGAUGAGGUAUCUACGGGAGUAAAUUUUAAAAUCUCUAGUUAAUUUGCUUGCAAACAUCACAGCUCUGUAUGGCACCAACUGUUGGCUGAAAUUACCCACAGAGUUAUCCUGUUCUGCACUGUCACUGUGGACUUCACGUCAUUUGCUGCCCACUAGGUCAGUCACAUUUAAUCCUAGCAAUAUGUAAGUUUAAAGGACUGCAUUCCCCUGUACUCUAAAGCUUAUAUCCUAGAUACUCAGUUUAUGACCUGGGCUGACCUUUGGCAUUUCACACAAGUUGAACAGCAAAAUCAAACCAGCCAUUUUCAAUUUGUCAUUUCCAAGCCAUGUUUGAGCCCUUCCAAAGUCACCAGGGAGGAAGGUUUAAAUUGGCCCUUCUCACCUUACCAUUUCUAUGAAAGAGCAAGCAUUUUCAUUCCAAUUAAGCCAUAGAGAGGUUUCUCUUCCUGUUGAAUGUUGAAAAGCAUUUCCUUUAUUCUUUCUUUUGCCCUUCCUCUUGUCCUGUGUUGCACUCUCUCCACAACCAACACUGUAAGCAGAAAAUCUUGCAGACGAGAAGGAGCUGGCACUCAAUACACUUCUUAAAGAAGCACUCAAAGUUUAAGGAGCAUUCAUCUCUAGAUGAGAAGUUCCUAAUAACUUUGGGAUACAUUAGAACUUUUAAACCAAUGCAAGAUACUCCAGAUACCGCAGAGUGGCUGUCUUCCCAUGAAUUUGGGUCUGUGGCUAUUACAUGAAAACCCUAAGAAUAGAUUAGAAAACUGCAGAGGACAAAAGCUGAGGCAAACAGCCACUUGCAGGUAGAAGCAAGUCUAAUCACUUACCCAGCUUCCUUUCUGUACCACCCAGUUCUUCCUGAGUAUCAUGUUACUUUUGUCUCCUCCUGCUUUUCAUUAACCUUCCUCAUCCCAUCAGAACAAUCGUUUCCUUGUUCCCUAACCAUCCCCUGUCCUUUAGCAUCUCUUCUCUUGUGCAGGCUCACUCACUCAACACUGGUCAAUCUAGUUCCACAUCUAGUUGGUUGCAGAGCCAGGAAGAAAACCCAAUUCUCCUGACCCAGAUUGUGAAGACCUUUAGCCACCAAUACUGCCUUCUGAGGCUGCGUUUUGAUUUUAAGUGGAAGGCCCUUGGGAUACAUAGCACCACAAAAUAUUUUGUAGUCAGAGAAACUACUUGAUUUUCACUUUCUUUGCCCUUAGAAUAGUAACUAUCAGCAAACAGGUGGGGGGGACCCAGUGUUUGAUUAGGAUCAGAGAUGAAAAACUAUUGAAAUCUAGAUAUCAAAGCCUCCUUCAAGGUGAUGAUAGAUCUUUAAUCCACUUUAGUAAGCGGCUAGAGGGCCACUUACUUUUCAACCCCUCAUCUCAAAUGAGAGGAACAAACGUUUUAAGCUCCUCAGAUAGCCUGGCUUUGGCUGCAACCCAAGGAAAAAAAGGUCAAAGGGAAGGAGAGCAUGGCAAGUGCUGGUGUGUGACUUGGCAGGACCAGGACUCAGCAGCCACAGACAUCCCAAGGAAGGUGACUAAGGGGCCAGCAAAAGACCAGCAUGGUAACUUGGCUGCUGUCUGAAGUGGAAGGCCAUGUUCAGUGGCAGUCAGAAUUUGUGUCCUACACAUUGCUGAGUCUAUAAAUGUGAUAAGCAAGUGGUGACAGAAUUAUAGUAUAAGGUGAUGUACUACAUGCAGAUCAUAAAGGAUUUGGUUUUAAGACUUAAGUAGAAAAUCCCACUCCUAGCUUAUUACUCAACAAUAUUCAGAUAAUGAGCUUUUGGAG